ACCUUUUUCUUGUCCCUGCCAACAUUCGCUCAAGAAGAUGGAGUCCGAUCAAGUGUCACCAAUGGAAGCAGUGGAGACAAGUGCAACCUUGAAUUCAAGGUCACUACCGACAGCUAUCCCUGAAAUCCUAUCCAUCACCUUUUCAUUUCUUGAUAAGGAGACGGUACUUGCAGCAUGUCGCGUCGCACGUGUGUGGCACCAGGCUGCAGUGCCUAUACUCUGGAGGGCAUUGAUACAGCCUAAACUUACGCCAUCAUUCUACACUCAGUUAAAGACAAAUGGCUGCCACGUGAAGUAUGCGGAGCUAGUCCUAGACACUGACAACAGAUGUCAUUCGAUUGUGCCAAUGGAGCUGACCCGUAUCUUGCAAGCAACACCACGAAUAAAGUAUCUUGGACUAUACUUGUCACAUGGAGAGCUACUAGAGACUACUUCCUCCUUAUUGAGGACGAUAAUGUGCUUGGUGGCACCACAGCUUACAGGCAUCGCUCUGGGCAUUGGCUUGAUUCGUGAAGAAGAUGCCCAAAUUUUUUUCCCAUCGCUUACAUCUAUCAAGACGAUUGAGCUUGUACGUUGUGCCUCGUCCUCAGUCCUCAAAUCAAUUGGAAACUCACAGCAUCGGAUGGGCACAGGGCUCUACAGCAUAAAGGCAGGCCAUACUUCACCAGGAGGUUCAUUGGAAGGAACAGACAUUGAGCUUUUCGGCGAUGUUGCACUGGGCGAGCUUGGACAGAAUGUCCCAAACCUGCAACAUCUGAGUAUCGUCAGAAACCUCAAUAUCGGGUCAGCUGGAUUAGCCGAAUUUGCAACGCACUGCAAGACAAUUACGCGAUUGAAUUUAGAAGGCUGUCAACUCAUUGAACCAAUCGGCAUUGAGGCUCUGAUUGAGGCGUCGUUGCAGCUUAAAUAUGUCAAAUUAGCUCGGACAGCGACUAAUGAUCAGGUUUUAUUCAAGCUUUCAACACCACCAGAGCGUGCUGCGAAACUAAAGGCUCUAUCAAUCACACACUGCGUUGACGUCACAAGCUGUGGCAUUCGAUUCAUUUUAGAGCUUUGUGAAAACUUGAUUGACCUCGAUUUUUCGCAUUGCCCAUAUGUAAGGGUUAAUAUUUUCAAGGAACCAGCAUGGGCAUGUGCACAACUCAAAACACUUUCGAUGGUUUAUAUUCACCAGAAAGUCUUGCCACAUCAGAAUGGUGUGCCGGAUAAAGGUUCCACUUCCUACGCUAUAGCUCAAGAGACUAUACCUUUGCUGAUAUACCAACAACUUGGCCGACUCACCAAACUUCGAGAGCUUACUAUUGGCGGCAUGUGGAUAGACCCAAAGCUAUUCUCUUUAGGGCGCAGGACUCUAGAAUCUCUCAAAGAGUUGGAAACACUGCGACUUAUAAAUUUUCAAGUGCCCCUUACCCGUAAGGAAAUCAUUUGGAUAGUGACGUGGCUCCGGAGCCUUCGUAAGCUUCAGAUUGACGAGGGUAGUGUUGAUCAAAGUCUUUUGGAUACCCUGCUGGAGAUCAAUACAGGGCUCAAGCUUGAAUUAUAUUCGCCGACAAAUCGUCAAAUUCAGGCUACGGGAGCCGGUUGGGGGCCUACAGGGGAAGAAGAUGCCUAUAAUACUAGUGGCGAGGAGGACCAUAGUGAGAUGAAUGAUAGUCCAAUGAGCGAAGGACAUUGGGGGUCCGAUGAUGAUGAUCGAACACAUUCAUAUUAUUCUGGUUACGACGAUGAGUCGAGUGACGAGUAUGGCAGCGAUGACGGUGGAUAUAGAGGCUAUGGAGGCUAUGGACGCUAUUGGGGAUAUGGGAGCUACAGAACCGCAAGCGAAGUUCACACAGACGAUUCUGAAGAAGAACACCUUCGACAAGAAGAAGAGGAAGAAGAGCGCCUUCGACUGGAAGAGGAGGAGGAAGAAGAACGCCUUCGAUUGGAAGAGGAAGAUGAAGAAGAAGAGCGUCUCCGACAAGAGGAGGAAGAAGAAGAAGAGCGCCUCCGACAAGAGGAGGAAGAGGAAGAAGAGCGCCUCCGACAAGAGGAGGAAGAGGAGGAAGAGCGCCUUCGACAAGAGGAAGAAGAAGAAGAAGAGCGCCUCCGACAAGAGGAGGAAGAGGAAGAAGAGCGUCUUCGACUGGAAGAGCAAGAGGAAGAAGAACGCCUACGACAAGAGGAGGAAGAGGAGGAAGAGCGCCUUCGACAAGAGGAAGAAGAAGAAGAAGAGCGUCUCCGACAAGAGGAGGAAGAGGAAGAAGAGCGUCUUCGACUGGAAGAGGAGGAGGAGGAGGAACGCCUACGACUGGAAGAGGAAGAGGAAGAGGAAGAGGAAGAGGAAGAAGAAGAAGAUCAGGAUGACGUGUCAUUGGACCGCAGAGUACACAUUCGAUUUCGGGAAAAUCUAAGUUCCCCAUCUGCGUCUGAAGUUGAAGACUGCGAGUCGACUUCUGAAGGAAGCUCAAGAGACCAUCGAUAUAACUCUUCAGACUCUGGUUCCGAAUCGGCAAAUUCAGUAAGCAUAUCCAGCGAUGAACCCGACUACGACUAUUCUGAUUACGAUUAGACCGGGACUGCAGUUAGCUUUCUUCUUUCCAAUAUUCUCAAAGGAUAUGAGCAUCCCGCAAGCGUGCAUUGUACAUAGUCAGUCUCUUGAUAUUGAAUAAAAA